AUGUUCGUCAAGGUGUACAUAGCCCUUUUCACCAUCUACCUCGCGUUUCUCGGCAUCUAUUGGGGCUCCUGGUACCAACGCUCCACGCGCCUUGUCAAUCUUCACAUGCUAAUUGUCAACGAAGAUACCCAAGUUGGAAGUGUGCCACCGCUCGUCGGCGAUGCGCUCUGGAACACAACAUUGAUCCCUAACGUGGCACCGCUUGCCGGCUGGCGGUACAUGUCGAGCACGGAAAUUUCUGCGAGCGCUGCUGAGCACAAAAACACGGUCCAGCAGGAAAUAUCACGCUUGGUGCACCACCAGAAAUACUGGGCCGCCAUCUGGAUCAAACCCAACGCCUCUUACGAUAUCUACACGGCGAUGCAAACCCUCAAUGGGUCCUUCUCUGCCGCAAAUUCCUUGAUUGAAUGUGUGUAUGAGACCGGGCGCGACCUCCUGGGCAUGAACUCCUACGUUAUUCCCAGCCUCUUACUGUUAGAGAAGGUGUUUGUGGACUCGGUCUCCAGCACCAUUUACCCGCAGCUACUCUCCUUGGUGUCUCAAGACGCUAAAUCGCAGCUUUUUUCCAAUUCCACGCUAGCAACUAACGUGAUUAUGACCAAGCCAUCCUUCCUUUACUUAGAUAAUCGCCCUGUGAUCGCCUCUGCCGCCAUAGGGCCGGGCGAGCUCGGACUCAUCUACACGUUGGUGCUCUCCUUCCAUCAGUACAAUUUUGGGCUCCGAAUCACCGAGGCGAUCCGCCCAAAGUUGAAGGCCAAGCACUUUAUGUACUACCGGGUCUUGGCCUCCCAGAGCGCCUUUUUCUUCAUUGCACUUGUGUACGGUUUGAUGACACUUGCUUACCAGGUCCCCUUGGACCGUGCGUUUGGCAAUUCCGGGUUUCUCGUCUACUGGGCCAUAAUUUACCUUAAUCUUAGCGCCUUGGGUGCCAUUAACGAGUGUGUGUCACAGCUCAUAAUGGCGUAUGACAGAACGCUCGCGGGUUACUGGAUGGUGUUCCAUGUCGUAAUCAGCAUCUCGGUUACAUUUUCACCCAUACCUUUGUGCCCCGCUUUCUACCGCUACGGUUAUGCUAUGCCGCUUCGCUGCACCUAUGAAUUGCUCAAGGUGGUGUUGUUUGACACGUACAAGGGGAACAUGUGGAAGUACUUUGUGAUCAACGUGUCCUGGAUCAUACUCUUCAAUGCCAUUAUGCCGUUCUCCCUGAAGUUGGCCUGCAAGAUUGCUAUUGUCCAGCAGAAGAAGGCCGCGGAGCAGGCCAAGAAGCUUGCAGAGGAGAAGCAGCGUAGACUCGACGCGAAGAAGCAUGAAUAA